AUGAAAGACUUCCUCUUCCUCCUACUCACCAUCAGUCUCCUGGUUGUGACACAGAUACAAACUAGAGUCUUGGGAAACCAUACCAUGGCCAACAGUGUGGUCCCAGUAUUCAGCGAUGUGAGUGGAGGCAGUUUCCUUUUCUUCUUGAUCAACACCUUCAUUCACCUCUUCCAUCUCAGCUGA